CUUCGUCACCUUCCCAAAAAACAGACAAAGCAGACAAAUGGCGUGCUAAAUAAAGCGGUUCACAUUGCAGACAUCUGUUGCUCACUUUGCCUGAUAUCUCUGUAAACCAGCAGCCGGGUUCUUUUUUGGGCUCAAGGGGUCUUCAGGCCUUAUUCCAAGUUCUGAAGGGUGCCGAGGACCAUCCUUUGAGGCAUCUUACCGGCUGUAAAUGGCCUCUAGCUCAAGGGUCCCGUCUCCAAGUCCUUCAACCAGAUCAAAUGCGCCUCUUCUGGGACGGCGAGGAAGUGUAGACACCUUGGGAACAAUGUCUGGCUUGCACACUCCAGAAGUAGAUCCUGAUGCCGAUGAACGGGAAGACUUGUUGGCAGCCGCGGCGGCUGCUGGACUGAGUAUGCCUAACCGGCCGGGGGCUAGCUCCGUUCGCGAAGCCGAGGAAGGUGCAGGAAACGCGGAACCGUUCACUUUCAAAAGGAAAGGGCCAUCGAGACGAAACUCGACUUUUAUCAGAAACGGGAGCAUUCUCGGUGGACUAGCGGCGUCAUGGCGCUCAUCGAAGAGUUCUUUAAUGGGAUCUAUUGCUCCGGCAAGUUUGAGAAGCCCGACGGCCGGAGUAUACUAUGGGCCCUCUGCCGCCGACAAGGUGGAUAGUUAUGACCCCAAGUCGGCGGAAUGGGCAAUGGAAGGAACGGGACGACGUGUAGCGUAUGACGACUUCACGACAAUUGACUGGAUACACGACUUUUCGAAAGAACGCGUGAGGAUAAGAAAGAUGCGUCAACAUACGGGGAUCCGCGGGAAUAUCAGAAAGGCCUUUGAUGCAUGCCAGGCCUGGAUCUUGGUCUUCCUCGUGGGAGCAGUGACAGGGUUGCUUGCAGCAUAUAUCGAUCUUGUGUCGGAAUGGGCCGGUGACAUCAGAGAGGGGCAUUGCAAGGAGGGUUUCUACUUGAAUCGGAAGUUCUGCUGUUGGCAUGUGGAUGGAGACGACGUUUGCGACACAUGGGCAGCCUGGGGUGGUGGAGGCGACGGAGCAGCGCAUUGGGCCACAGAGUACUUCUCGUACAUGCUUUUUGGAACGGGAUUGGCUGUUACGAGUGCUGUGCUGGUGAAAGUUUACGCUCCAUAUGCCGCUGGUUCUGGAAUACCGGAGAUCAAGACCAUUCUGGGUGGCUUUGUGAUCCGGAAGUUCUUGGGUGGAUGGACGUUACUGGUGAAAUGUAUAGGAAUCUGUUUAUCGGUCGGCUCUGGUCUUUCUCUCGGCAAAGAAGGACCAUUUGUGCAUAUUGCCUGUUGCGUCGGAAACAUUUUACCUCGAAUCUUCGAUAAGUAUGCUAAGAACGAAGCAAAGAAGCGUGAGAUAUUGAGUGCCGCCAGUGCCGCCGGGGUAUCCGUUGCGUUCGGAGCACCCAUCGGUGGGGUGUUGUUCUCUCUCGAGGAAGUAUCAUCGUACUUCUCGUACAAGACGAUGUGGCGAUCCUUCUUCUGUGCCAUGGUGGCUGCCAUAUCACUGCAACUCGUAAACCCCUUCCGAACGGGAAAGUUGGUGUUGUUUGCAGUAGAGUAUAAGCGACCAUGGCACGGAUUCGAGUUGCCUUUCUUUGUCUUGUUGGGGAUCUUGGGGGGCUUAUUCGGCGCGUUCUUCAUACGCAUGAAUAUACGGGUUGCCGAGUAUCGCAAAAACACACGACUCCGAGAUUGGCCAGUCACCGAAGUCUCUGUGAUUACGUUCAUCACGGUGUUGCUCAGCUUCCUUCAUCCCUUGUUGAGGGUUGGCAGCGUCGAUUUGGUAGCAAACCUAUUCCGAGAAUGCGUCGAACAUGACUCUAGCUUCUACGGGCUCUGCGAAGAGCCAUUGAAGAACGUGCCGAGCGUGAUAUUCUACCUUAUUCUCGCCGCCGGGCUGAAGAUUCUGUUCACCAUUUUCACGUUCGGCAUCAAAGUGCCCGCCGGCAUCUUCAUUCCUUCGAUGACGAUCGGAGCAUGCGUUGGUCGUGCUCUGGGGAUCAUCAUGCAAACUUGGCAGAAAGAGUACCCAAGCUUUUGGUUGUUCAACGUAUGUGGCGAGGAUUGUGUCACACCGGGAACAUAUGCGAUGGUGGGGGCCGCCGCCGCCUUGGCAGGAGUUACCAGAAUGACCGUGUCCCUCACGGUCAUCAUGUUUGAACUGACUGGUGCUCUAACCUAUAUUCUGCCCAUCAUGCUUACGGUUAUGGUCUCCAAAUGGGUCGGGGACGCAUUCGGCACCGAAUCAAUCUACGACGCGCACAUUCACCUCAAUGGAUACCCCUUUCUGGAUGCCAAGGACGAAUACGUGUGGAACACGACAGCCGGGUCUGUCAUGACUCGCGUUGAGGACUUGGAAGUCAUUGUUGGGUCGGGGUGCACUUUGGAAUCUCUGCAGGAACUGUUGCAGGGUACGGCAUAUAAGGGGUAUCCUGUUGUCGAUGGCGCGGACUCGAUGCGGUUGAUUGGGUUCGCUGGCAGAGCUGAAUUGCGUUAUGCUAUGGAACAAGCUCGCAAAAACGAACUCCCACCCCACACGAUCUGCACAUUUGCCGAAAGUGCCUCGCCCUCGACGGCCCGUCCCUACUCCACCGCAUCCUACGAAGAAAACGAUAUCUCCUUCGUCACCGCCACCGAUUCUGAAAACCCCGAGUUCAGCGGCGACCACCGCGGCCUCAACACCGAGGACAUGUUCCUCGACCUUCGCCCAUGGACCGAUCAAACCCCCAUGACGAUAUCGCCACGAUUCCCGAUGGAGAUGGUAAUGGAGCUGUUCAAGAAGAUGGGGCUGAGAUAUGUGCUCGUCUGCAAGGACGGACGGCUGGUGGGAGUUAUUACCAAGAAGGACUUGUUGAGACAUGUGAACGUCGAGAAGAGUCGAUGGCACUGAGGUUCUUGAGGAGGAUGUCCUGAAAUCUGUAGUUUAAAUGUACAUAUGUAGAGUUUACCGUUUUUCUUAGCGUAAUGUAAUGUACAUAAAGUAGUUUCGCCCGCAUCUGGAUCGCAAGAGUACAGUAUCUGAUUCCUUGAUUUUAUCAAAAAAAAAAAUAUUCC